AUGGGGCGGCCCGCGGAGGAGUGGGGCACGCGGCACGAGGAGGGCAUGUUCCACUACUCGUCGGGGAUGCAGGCUGUGGUGACCACGGCGGGCGUGUGCGCACGGGUGUCCGUGUUCGGGUUCGGCCCGGCGCGCGGCACCACUACCACAUGCUGCAGCGGGUGGGAGCUGGACCUGCACGACUACGAGGCCGAGUACGAGUUCUACCGGGACCUCAAGGAGCGGCCAGAGGCCAUACCAUUCCUGCGGGACUCCGGGCUCCAGGCUGCCGCCGGACGGCAGUAA